CACACUGACCCGGGCAGCCCCAGACUAUCCCGGGCUGUCCCGGUCCCGCUGACCGUGGACUGGAACGAUUUACUGCGCUCUAAGGCUGUGUUUGGCGACGCCUUUAAAGGGCGGUCCCGGGACGGCUAAUCGGCCACAACCAUCACAAUCACACCCAGCGUGGGUCGGGCUGACCCGGACCAGAGCGCCUGGAGACUGGGAGCCGCCGGGAACCCGAACUCAGCGGCGCUUUCGGAGGUGGUGCCCGAUCAGGGCGGGGGAGCGGCUGGUCCGCAACCGGGAGCCGAACCCAGGGCUGGCUUGUGGGACGUGCAGGGACCCAGUACCGAUACCCGUUCAGGGACGUGGCUCCUGGCCGGUAGAGGAAGGGUCAUGAAGAGAGGCUGGGCCAAGAAAUGGAACCGGGAGGAGAUACUGAGAGACGAGCUGAUAGCCGCCACCAUCGGGGAUGUUGAUUGGCUGCGGCUGAGCCUGAACAAAGCAAAGGGCAAGGUGGCGGUGGAUCGUAAUGGUUACAACGCCAUCCACUAUGCUGCUCAGAACGGAAGGCUGGAAUGCCUGCGAGUGUUGGUGGAGGAAUACCACAUGGAUGUGAACCUGUCCGACCCCAUGGGCUGGCGACCCAUCCACAUGAUCCUCAACAAGGAAUGCCAGUUCCGUGCACACAAGUGUCUCAAGUACCUGCUCCAGAUCGGGGCUGAUCCCAGCGUCCAGACGGUCGAUGGGCAGUCACCGCUACACCAGGCUGCCGAGGUUGGGUUACUGGACUGUAUCAUCACACUGGUGGAAGCAGGAGCCAACGUAAAGGCUAAAGACAAAAAGGGGCAAAUGCCCCUUGACCUAGCCAAAAUCUGGGGUCACCGAGCCUGUGUAAGGUACCUGACCGACUUGGUCUGGAAGGCAAACGGCCGGGAGUUCCUGCAGGAAAUGCAGAAGCUGCAGAAACUGAAGCUCGUCCUGUUGUCGGAUGAACACCGGCUGUACAACAUCCAACAGGAGGAACAAGAUCGACUAACCAAGGAGCAGUACGCGCUCUGGUUAGAGAGGAAACAGCUGCCCGAUACGGUGAGGGUCUCAUCCAGCUUCUACAGACCGCGCACCACAUUCACGGAGGACAUGCUGAGGCAGCUGAGGGAGGCAGUGAGUGCCAACGAGACCGCGGGCACUGGCAAGGUGCUGCGGUUCACGAAACCGAAGGCGCCCUGCCAAUCGGGGGCUGGCAGGAAGGAGGGAUGGGUGGCCAGCAAACCCGUCUCUGAAACCCUGGCCUGCGCCACCCCUGCCAAAGGCAAGGCCGCCGUCUGCCAGCGAAGGUCCGCCUGGAACGUCAGUAAUAAGUCAGCUUCUCUCCCUGUGCCCUCCGGUCCGCCGGAGGCCGAAGAGGAUACGUUUGACCUGAACAUCCUGAUCCAGCAGCACGACUUUGGGCCCUUUUAUCAGCUGGAGAUGAACAGGGCCCGCCAACCCGAGCUCAGGGCAAAGGCAGACCCAAGGAUAACAAGGCCCCUGCCCAAUCUGCCGCUCCACGUUCUCCAGCGAGAAUUGUUCCCUGGAUCCAUCUCCCACCGGAUAAAGAUGCCCGAGGAAUUCAAAGCAGUUCAUGUCUUCAACAUUCCCAGGAAACGUGCCUCAGACAGGAGCAAGGCCAUGCACCUGAGUGAGUGGCUGGAGCUUGGCGUGCCCUUCUCCCCCUCAGCCUCCUCCUCCACCACCACCACCACCACCAAACAUUCCCAAAGGACUCCCCAGAGCCUGGGCAAACCCUGCUCACUUCAAAGCGCAGCAACGAACCACAGCCUCAUAGAGGACUCGGCCCCUGUCAGCAGAGAACCCAGCCCCAUAACCCGGGCUGAUAGUCCCAGGGAGCACUGCAAGCCCUGAGCAGAACCUCGAGAUGGUCCAGCAGGAUGCUGCCUGCCCAAGAUUCCCAAGCCUUACUGAGAAGAGUAGCAAAGUUCUCCCAUAACCACAGUUAGAUUUCAACAUUCGAGCAGCAGAUCAAGUUCUCUGAUCAUUCCCUGUCAGCUCUCACAGAGUCUUUCCCUCCACUGACUUUGGACACCCUCCACAACAGAAUCUCCUCCUCCACCCCACUGACAUUGCCCCCUAUCACGGAUGCAACCCUCUCAAUAGAUCCUCACAGAGCCACAGACAACCCUUUCACAGACUCUCCCCCUCCAACAGUCCACAUGCACCCUCUUAAACAACCUUUACCACCUACUGAAUCUCGUUUAGUCCACAAAUGCUCUUUGGCUGAUGGAUUUUAGAUGUUACCUUCCCGUUGCCUACGGACACUCUCCCCGUGGACAUUAACUUGAUGUGAAGGAUCAACCAACUGGUUCUAAGCCUGGCCUGGAUUCAAGCUGAACCGGAACACCCCCAACCUGUGGAGAGACCCGAUGCUGGAUACAGAUCCCAGUGCUGACUCCAGUUCCAUGCAGGAGACUGGGCUUUACCUGAACCCCACAAUGGUGAAACACAUCUUAACACCGAAUCAGUUGUGAUUAUUCUGUCUGCACUUGCAAAUAAAACCAGCAUGGCUGCAGUUUUUUGUAUUCUUUACGGAUGAAAUAAAUCUCACGACACAGGGACACCUGUGCUUAAAGGCAGCAAUUUGCAUCUAAGGGUGCUUGAGUCAAAAACCAUUGUUGCCACAUGAACUGAUCUCAGCAGAAGGGAGGGGUUUCUGGGAUUCAUGUCCUGAAACCUCACCCACCCAUAACAUGUGCAUGGCUCUCUGUGAAAACAUCAAAUGAAACGAGUUACCAACAAUCUCACAAAGACAACCCAGCACCCUCUUCCACUACCAUUAA